AUGUACAUUUACUUCGUCGGCAUAGUUUACUUCCAACUACUGUUCAGUAUCUGUUACGAUCAUGUGAUUCAGGUGUGUUUAUAUAAAUUUCUAUGUCUGAGACUCCACUACUUGAACGUCGGAUUAGUGAAAAUAGCUAACUUAUAUACAGAGUAUUUAAUAGAGCAACUGAUAUCGUAUCCGUUUCAUUGGAAGAAAGAAUAUGAUAAUAAUGUAGACUUAUCGAGGAAAGAUACGAAAUAUUUUACUGAAAGUCUCAAGAUGGUUGAUGCUCAGGUGCGCCGCGUGCAGCACAGCUACAGGUUUACGGAUAUACCCGUGAUACGAACGUUUUCCCUGGCGGGCUGGUCCUUUGCCUGCUGGUCCAUAUACAUCGGAAUAGCUCAGCAAACGGAUAAAUUGAACGUGCAAAUGCAGCGUACCAAACUUAUAUGCACUUAUAUUCAACUAACACCUAAUAAUUCUGAUGAACUUUUCUCUCUCUCUCGAAGCAUCCUGGACACCCUGGCCGUCAGCGACUGCAGGAUCUCCAUUUAUAACCUAUUUUACUUCAACCAGCGCCUUUUGCGCUCGAUUGCUACUUCAGUGUUCGUCUACAUAACGAUGCAACUGCAGCUUGCUUUCCCGAAACGCAAUAGUCCUAAUAAAAGAGACAUAUAG